CCUUGAAAAAUUUCUUACCGCUUACCGUUUAUAGGGAGAUGUUACCGUUUGUGUCUAUAAUAAGUGUUAAUUUCGUUAUUCAUUUCUAUUUGGUGAAUUCAGCAAAAUAUACAGUUUCGUUACCGCGGAGUGUAUUUGAACCUUUGAUGGAAGUAUAUUACGUACCUUAUGAUGAAGUGGAAUUAUUUGAAAACGACAAGAAAACGAGAAACAGAAGAUCAUCGAAUAGUGUAGCUCCAGUUUUUAAAAAUGUUGAACAUGAAUUUGAAGAUGAGUAUAAGGAUAUUGGGCAUUCAUUUGUAAUGAAAUGUGAACCUAAAGGUACACCAACCCCAAACAUUACCUGGUACAAAGAUAAUAUAACGCCAGUGAAAAGGACCGACCGUGGUGGAGUACUUCCAGUAACAUAUGACGUGUGGAGUAUAUUACUUAAUGAUUUAGUGGCCGAAGAUAGUGGAAAUUACACGUGUCGUAUCUGUAACCCAUUGGGUUGCACGGAGCAUGUUCAUCGGCUAAUAAUCACCGGCUACCCUAAACUAUUUCCGUCCAUCAGAAAAGGUUAUCCUGUAAACACGACAGUCGUUAUCAGUGACUCCGUUGUUUUGUCUUGCCCGACGGUGAACCUUACGGACUAUUCUGUCAAAUGGGCAAAGCUGAUUCCCGGAUUUGGACGUAAUGCAACACAAGAUUUGUUAACUCAGAAAGAUAAAUACACCAUUUCCGAUAAUACCUUGACAAUACGCAAUGCUACGGAAAUGGAUGAAGGCUGGUACUUCUGUACCACCAAUAAUUCGCUUGGCACAGACCAGGCUACAGGUUAUCUUAAAGUGGCUGUUUUGGGCAGACCCUCAAAUGGUGCUCCUGGAAAUAAAGAGAGAAGUAUUUCAAAAUGGCUUACACCUAUUUUGUCAACAUUACUGAUUGUUAGCUUCGUAGUAGUGCUAGUGGUAUUAUUAAAAUUUAAGAAAGAGAGGCUUUUAAAGCGGUAUGCCGUUGAGACGGCAAGAGAGGUGAUGUUUGAGCAAUGGAUGAAAGUUGUCUCCAUAGAAAGGGAGAGGAGCAACGGUUACACUCCUAAAGGUACUUUGCAAAUUCCUAAGGUGAGGAUAGAAAAGCAAAGGGUCUCAGACAUAAUUGAUAGGUUUCCUGAUUAUGAUAUCCUAAACGGUUCAGAGUAUAUGUUUCCUCCCGACAAUAAAUGGGAAAUUGAUAGACAAUGUUUGACUUUGGGAAAAGUCCUUGGUGAAGGUGAAUUUGGAAAGGUAAUCCAGGCAAAAUGUCAUGAAGCAUCGCAGAGCAAUUUCCCCAGUACUGUUGCUGUUAAAAUGCUGAAAGAGGGUCAUUCAGAUGCCGACAUGAUAUCGUUUGUAUCGGAAGUAGAGAUAAUGAAAAUGAUCGGAAAGCACGAGAAUAUCAUCAACUUGCUGGGAUGCUGCACCAAAGGUGGUCCGCUUUACGCUGUAGUUGAAUACGCAGCCAACGGAUGCUUGCGCGACUACCUCAAGAAACAUAAACCUUAUACAGAUAAUGUUCCAAGCGGAGACCAAAUGCAUCUGAAGCAUCAUGAGUUAGUGCAAUUUACUCUGCAGGUGGCCAGAGGGAUGGAUUACCUGGCAUCACGAGGCUGCAUCCACCGCGACCUGGCAGCGCGCAACGUGCUGGUGUCGGGGUCGCGCGUGCUGAAGGUGGCCGACUUCGGGCUGGCGCGCGACGUGCGCGACUCUGACUACUACCGCAAGCGCACGGCCGGCAAGCUGCCUGUGCGGUGGAUGGCGCCCGAGUCGCUCUGCCAUAACUACUACACCACGAAGUCCGAUGUAUGGUCCUUUGGGGUGCUCACUUGGGAAAUAAUGUCAUACGGGGAAACUCCAUAUGCCAAAAUCCCCGUGCACUUUCUGUACAAUUAUUUGAGACAGGGCAAGCGAAUGCAACGGCCGAACAACUGCAGCGAGAACAUGUACCAGUUGAUGCAACAUUGCUGCUCCUUCAAUCCAGAUGACCGGCCCUCAUGCAGUGAGCUGAAGGAGAUGUUAGAAGUGAUAGUCGCCAGUACAUUACAAUAAAUAAAUACAUUAUUUAUUAUUUAUAUAUAC